CGUUUUGUGGGCGGUCUUAUUUACGUGGCUCACCUUCGACAGCAUCUUCUCCCCGUCAUCUUUUUUGCAGCGGUGUAGCGUGCAAGGAUGGGAGUGGAAGAAGUGUCAAAAGAUGGAGCCAACUGUUUUAAUGACAUUCAGCAUCUCCUCAACUGGAAACCGGAAAUGUGUCCUGUGAAAAAACAUCCGACCGGAACUCUCCAGUUACUGAAGUUUCUUGGUAAAAAUGGCAACAACGGAGAAAAAGAAGAAACUUAUCAACCAUGGUGUUGCUACGGACUACAAAGGUGGAUGCACGCAAUUUUUCAGGAUUUAUGCAGAUCCCAAAUACAGAUCAGCAGGUACCAGAAGGUGUGGACAAAGUGGUCUCUUUUAAACCAGGCAGCACAAAUAUUACGAGUAAAAAAAGCACCAUCGUGCAAGCCAGAUGCAAUUCCAAAGCGAAAAAUGGUGGAAAAGUGUGCAAUUUAAAAAGUGAUCAGUGUUGGUCCUUUGUCAACAAAAAUGGAUUGCCUCUGGCCACUGCUUCUGUGACCACAGACACCAGCCUUUCGUCAGGUUCCAUACCCCCAAUAUCCCAGGUUAUAUCUGGACUUGGCAUAGCCCAGAGCCAGGCCUGCCUGAAAGACCUCUGUCCGGAAGACAAACGACGCAUUGCAAACCUCGUGGAAGAACUCGCCAGAGUAAGUGAGGAGAAGGAUGAGUCGGUGCAACGCCUUCAAGAUGAACAUAAUACUUUUGAACACAAGAUCCAACAGCUGGAGCAACAGAACCUGUUCAUCGCACAUGAAAGAGAAAACCUGCAGCAGCAGUACAGAGAGUGCCAGGAGCUGCUUGGUCUCUACCAACAAUACCUUUCUCUGCAACAAACGAAGCUCAACCAGUCCAUUACUGAGCUUAGCCAGGCACAAGCUCACUCUAAGGUGCUCAGCAGUGAAGAAGCCACUAGCAGGACGACUAGCCAAGCUAAUGGCCUACUGUUUGAUGGCUCAUACCUCAGCCUUGCUGCUACGCAAGCGCAACAACCUCAAGUGCGCAGGAGAAGUAGUGGAAGAGCAGCCGCCUUGCAGACUGCCGGUAUUUCUACCCCCAUUUCCUAUGAGAGCCACGUCUGUCCACCUGAUGAGCAAACAGUUCAGACAAGGGAAUGUGAACCGCAGCACCAUCAAGGCACUUUCCAAGACAGUAGAUAUGACACCCAGCAACGCACGACCAAUGGCCAUUCCCUUGACAACAGCUGCCAGAACACCUCUAUCCAAAGGCACCAAGGUGGGGAUAACUUAGCGGCUCAGACCAGGGAAGCCCUUACUAGCCCUCUAUUGGGCCGCAAGGACUGGGAGGAGAAGAGACACCAGCUGCUGCUGCAAAACAUGCAGCUGGAGAUGGAGCGAGAGAAGCUGCGGGCACGGCUGGCUGACCAGGAGGAGAGGAUCAGCAGACAGAAUCAGCAGCUGUGCCAGUCACGCCUCCAUUGCAAAAAGCUUCAAGAAGCUUGUCAAUCUAAACUCAGCAGCUCAAUUGAAAAUAAGAAAACUCAACAGUCAGACGCUCCUCACCACCAACAUUUGGCCCCCGGUGGCACAGACAAUCUUCCCGGACCACAGCGCUUAAGAGACAGUGCUUCUCAGACUGCACCGUUGGACAAAACUCUUGGCUCUUGUGAAGCCGCCUCAGUGCUAUCAAAAAAGGACACAGCCACAUCUACAGAGGGGCCUGCGAGUCCUGCGAAGCUCGUCAUGGCACCUGCGACACGAAAGACAUCGGAAAACAGGUCGGACUUUUCUUUAGUUGAGUUAUUGGACCUCUUUAGUCCGGUCUCGGCACAUGGACAAUGCAAACUGUCGUCCCGAAGGGCCAGAUCAUCACAACGUGGACCGGCCCUCACCACCCUCAAAUCAGUCUUCAGAGCUCCGAGGCCUCAUCCUCUGAGUCGCCAACAGGACUUGGAAGAAAGUCAAAUAUUGGAGGAUAUUUUCUUUAUUUGCUGACAAAUAUACAUUUUCAUGUAUUUUUAAUACAUUUUUUCAUAUACAGUAUCUAGACUUUCUUAAUGAAUUCAUGCAUUUUUGAUUGAACCUUUGUUAUAUUUUGAAUACAAAUAAACCUUUUUAGAGAAUUGGUGGUGUGACCACAUGUCAGCUGGGUUAGGCUGCAGCUCACCUUUGACCCUAACAUAGUGGAUCCUCUAUCCCAGUCGCUGUUGUCUGUGGGCAAGACACUUCACCCACCUUGUCACUGGUGUAUGAAUGUUUGGUGGCAGCUGUGGCUAUAAAUGGAGCUUACAACCACCUAGGGUUGUACGGGGUACCGGUACUUGUAUAGUAUAGCGGUACUAAUGAAUCAAAAAACGGUACUAUACUCUGUUUGAAAAGUACCGUUUUUUUUUUUACUGGCAUCACGUCAUGACAUUGCUGGUUUUACGAGCAGAGGAGCAUGUUCGGCAGCGCACACACACAGAGUACUUUGAACAGACACAGUGUGUAGACUGAAAAGGGAGAAUGGACGCAUUUUGGUGUAAAAAGUAAAGAUAAAGUUGAAGUAAUAACACUGAAACACCCUCAAGAAGAGCUGCUUUAACACAUGGCUAGUUAGCUAGCGGCUAAUGUCCAUCUGCAGUCUGCAGUGUUUUAGCUCCUUCUAAAUCACUAAUGCUGGCCUCCGUGGUGACAUAUAUUGUAAGUUUCUUACAAGUAUUUUAUCCCUGCAGGAGGAGGUACUACACACCGUAGGACAGGGGUCGGCAACCCGUGGCUCUGGAGCUGCAUGCGGCUCUUUAGUCACUCUGAUGUGGCUCGGCUGCAUAUUUGUCGACCCCAUCGAUUUUUCUGGAAGGUUUACGGAUUUAAAUGCUUCUCCCAGGGAUCUACCGGAGCCACGUUCUCCGAUUUGUACCCGGACAUUAAUGUUGAGGGCGUGCGGUGAUGGCAGUGCCUUCAUCGCUUUUACACCAUGCUAUUUGCGUGCCGGUUGGUCUUAUGUAUUAUGCGGCUUCUGUCAACACACGAAAGUGACUGCAAGGCAUACUUGCUCAACAGCCAUACAGGUUACACUGAGAGUUGUGAUAUAAAGAACUUUAACACUGUUACUAGUUUGCGCCACACUGUGAACCCACACCAAACAAGAAUGACAAACACGUUUCGGGAGAACAUCCGCACUGUAACACAACAUAAACACAACACAACAAAUACCCAGAAUCCAAUGCAUCCUUAACUCUUCCGGGCUACAUUAUACACCCCCGCUACCACCAAACCUCGCCUCCCCCAACCCUGCCCACCUGAACUGACGCACGGAGAGGGCGUGGGGAUUUGGUGGUAGGGGGGUGUAUAAUGUAGCCCGGAAGAGUUAUGGAUGCAUGGGGUUCUGGGUAUUUGUUCUGUUGUGUUAGGGUGAGGAUGUUCUCCCUAAAUGUGUUUGUCAUUCUUGUUUGGUGUGGGUUCACAGUGUGGCGCAUAUUAGUAAGAGUGUUAAAGUUGUUUAAACAGGCACCCUCAGUGUGCACAUAGCAUUCCGUGAAUGGCGGGCGUGAUGACGUUCAAGAGGACGUUAAGAGUAAUAUCAUCACGGCACGCCCUUAAUAUUGUAGUCCAAGUGAAACUUGGAGAAGGUUGACUCCGGGUGAUGUCCGGGAGAGGCAUUGAAUUCCGGAAUCUCCCCGCAACAAUCUGGGGGGUCGGCGAUUGUGCAGCUGAGCCACAUCAGAGUUGUCAAAGAGCCGCGGGUUGCUGACCCCUGACUUAGAAUAUGACCAAUGUAUCAUCCUGUAACUACUUGGUAUCAGAUCGAUACCUAAAUGUGUGGUAUCAUCCAAAACUAAUGUGAAGUAUCAAGGAAGAAAAGAAUAAGUGAUUAUUACAUUUGAACAGAAGUGUAGAUCAUGGGUGUCAAACACUGGUCCGCGGGCCAAAUUUGGCCCACCGUGUAAUUUAAUUUGGCCCUUGAGGCAAUAUCAAAUUAACAUUAGAGCUGGCCUGCCGGUAUUAUAACACCGCAUUCACUGCUAAUAUUCAUACUUACCAACCCUCCCGAUUUUCCCGGGAGACUCCCGAAUUUCAGUGCCCUUGCUGAAAAUCACCCGGGGCAACCAUUCUCCCGAAUUUCUCUCGAUUUCAACCCAAACAUCAUUGGGGACUGCAUUCAACUUAAGUAAUAGUAAUGUCGUCAUUCAGACACUUAAGUAAUAGUAAUGUCGACAUUCAGAGACUUAAGUAAUAGUAAUGUCGUCAUUCAGACACUUAAGUAAUAGUAAUGUCGACAUUCAGACACUUAAGUAAUAGUAAUGUCGUCAUUCAGACACUUAAGUAAUAGUAAUGUCGACAUUCAGACACUUAAGUAAUAGUAAUGUCGACAUUCAGACACUUAAGUAAUAGUAAUGUCGACAUUCAGACACUUAAGUAAUAGUAAUGUCGACAUUCAGACACUUAAGUAAUAGUAAUGUCGACAUUCAGACACUUAAGUAAUAGUAAUGUCGACAUUCAGACACUUAAGUAAUAGUAAUGUCGUCAUUCAGACACUUAAGUAAUAGUAAUGUCGACAUUCAGACACUUAAGUAAUAGUAAUGUCGACAUUCAGACACUUAAGUAAUAGUAAUGUCGACAUUCAGACACUUAAGUAAUAGUAAUGUCGACAUUCAGACACUUAAGUAAUAGUAAUGUCGACAUUCAGACACUUAAGUAAUAGUAAUGUCGACAUUCAGACACUUAAGUAAUAGUAAUGUCGACAUUCAGACACUUAAGUAACAGUAAUGUCCUCUACAACCUGUCGUCCCGUCCGCUUUUUCUCCAUACAAACAUUGUGUCGGCACAGUCACUUACUAUAUGCGGACUUUACACACGCACAAGUGAAUGCAAGUCAUACUUUGUCAACCACCAUACAGGUCACACUGAGGGUGGCCGUAUAAACAACUUUUAACACUGUUACAAAUAUGCGCCACACUGGGAACCCACACCAAACAAGAAUGACAACCACAUUUAGGGAGAACAUCCGCACCGUAACCCAACAGAACAAAUACCCAGGAUCCCUCGCAGCACUAACUCUUCCGGGAUGCUACAAUAUUUGACAAUCGAUUUUGCAUGUCACUAUACAAGCUUUGCUCGUUCAAUAUUCAAUGCAAAACUUGUUUGUGUCCCUCUUAAAAGGUUAAGUUGUUCAACCUGGGCCCGCGGCUUUGUUGACUUUAAAAUGUUGGCCCGCUCUGUAUUUGAGUUUGACAGAUAGAACAUGUUGAAAGAGAAAAUAAAUGAACAGAUUAAUAAUCAA